GUUUUUUAGAGUUUUUUUUGGCUACGUGUAACAGAAGAUUUUGACUGAGACGUUUUUACACCUCCUCCUCCUCCUCCAGCUCUUUAUCUAAGCUUAAGGAUUUUUUUUUCCAAUGCCGGUUCCAAACAAGCACACAAACAUCAGUCGUUCUCAUAGCUGGGAUGCUGCAGGUUGCUAUGAAGGCGGCUGGGAGGGAGACAUCUCAUCAGGAUAUCACAGAACAGCAGGCAGAAACAAUUCUUUGACCUACAACGGAGAGGAGGCUUUCUACAAGCUACCAGGAGGUAGAUCCCGAGAUAUUACCUUGCCAGGCUGCACAGAAAUAAAGCCAGAACUCUUUUCUUACCCAGACGCCUAUCACCGAGGUCAGCAAGGUCACCCUGUGCGUCAGGACCGUAGGCCACCGAGGAAUAACUCUGUUCCAGACUUCAGCUCUCCGUACGAAGCACAAGGAGCAAUGGCUGUACGAGGGUCUUUGCAAACUCAUGAUUACUACACUGACCCAUCAGUGGCUGCCAGAUCCUUAGAGGAUCCUCGUUACUACAGAGACCAUGUGCUCUACCAUGCUGGGCAAGGCUAUGGGGCACCAGUCUCUCGGACCGCCUGGGAACAGCCAGUUCGUCCUUUCUUCCCACAAGAAGUAGGGCGCGUGUACAGAGAUCCUACAGGUAGAGUAAUCGCUGGGGGCCAACAAACUAGAAGCCGUGAUUCUUCACCUGCAAGAUACUCAAUUGAACCUCUCCAUCCUAGGUAUGGGUCAGAGGCUUCAGCAUUCCCCAACAGACAAAUGUACAAUGACAUGCUGGAAAGAUCCCUUGAUCCCUCUACAGGGAGACAGACAGGUCCCACCUGCUUAGUGGUGGUGCCCAAUGAAGCUGCUGCUGCUAUGGAUGGAACUCUAGGGACUUCUUCUGUUCCAGCAAAUCGUGGGUACAGCUCAUUGAGAGAGAACGUCAAUGCUAAGAUGGCUUAUGAUACUUACGAGGGCUCACUGGCUCCAUCCCAACCUCAGAUUCCUAUGCCACUUGCAGGUACCGAAAUCAAGAGGGCAGUGGACAUGGAGUUCAUCUCUGUCCUGAGGAACGAAGGCCUUUCUGAGGCUACUAUCAAUGCAUUGAUACAGCAAGGAUUUGACAUGCCCAGUUCACUUGCUGUUAUGGAAGACCAUGACAUUAAAUCAGUGGCGGCUAAUCUUGGCCAAGCUAGAUUGCUUGCAGGUCUUAUCAAGAGCUACAGAGUUGAUCUGCAGAUGCUAAGGCAGGAUCAGCAGAAAAACAGCUCUAUGAGAGCUCGGGUUCGUUCCAACAGCUUUAGCCACCAGGGUGACCUUAUGCGCAGUGAGUUUGUUGGCCAUUCUCUGAACAAUCCAGUGCUGGAUGGAGUGCAGAACCCUCAGCCUGCCUUAUCCUUGCAGCCAGUGUCUCCCCGUAUGGCUGAACUCAACCGUCGCCCUUCUAGUGCUCCAUCCCAACACCUGUUGGAGACUUCCAGCAAUCCAACAUUUGCUGUAAAUGCCCAAAAUGCCCAAUUUAUAGCAGGCACUGGAUACACGGGUCAUGUUCAGCCCCGACCAGCUUCUGCUUUCCCUGCUUCAACUGGUAUCCCAAUGAUGGGCGUGCAUAGUAACCUUAACCCAGGGCCAAAAACAGCUUACCCUACUAGUUACACAGUGCCCAUGGAGUUGAUGAAGAGAGAGCGUCUCCCACCAGCAUCCCCUCUACAGAGCCCACACUGCAGCCCCCAGCUUCUACGCAAACAGGGGAGCCAUUUGGAAGCCCAGUUGAAUGUCCCUCCACCUACUAUUCCCAAUCAGCAUGUACUAAACUCUCCCUACCAGGUCACCCGCCGCACUGGACCACCUAUCAUUGUCUCCAGCAUGGCAUCACCAGAACCAAGCAUGCGCCCCCAGGCUGUGAAUGGUCCCAUGCACCCUCGCCCGCUGGUGGCCUUACUGGAUGGCAGAGACUGCACGGUGGAAAUGCCAAUACUGAAAGACCUGGCAACGGUGGCCUUCUGUGAUGCCCAGUCUACGCAGGAGAUCCAUGAAAAGGUUCUGAAUGAAGCAGUGGGCGCCAUGAUGUAUCACACCAUCACACUGACGCGGGAAGAUCUGGAGAAAUUCAAGUCUCUUCGCAUUAUCGUACGAAUAGGGAGCGGAUACGACAACAUCGACAUCAAGGCUGCUGGAGAACUGGGAAUUGCUGUGUGUAACAUCCCCUCGGCGGCUGUGGAGGAGACGGCAGAUUCUACUAUCUGUCACAUUCUCAAUCUGUAUCGGAGGAACACGUGGCUGUACCAAGCUCUGCGGGAGGGGACACGAGUAAACAGUGUGGAACAAAUCCGAGAGGUGGCAUCAGGGGCAGCGAGAAUGCGUGGAGAAACCUUGGGUCUUAUUGGGUUUGGUCGCGUUGGACAAGCAGUUGCUGUAAGAGCGAAAGUGUUUGGUUUCAACAUUAUCUUUUAUGACCCGUACCUGCAGGAUGGGAUAGAGCGCUCUCUGGGGGUACAGAGGGUUUACACGCUGCAGGAUUUGUUAUACCAAAGUGACUGUGUAUCUCUAAACUGCAACCUCAAUGAGCAUAACCACCACCUCAUUAACGACUUUACCAUCAAACAGAUGAGGCAAGGAGCCUUCCUAGUAAAUACGGCUCGAGGGGGCCUCGUGGAUGAGAAAGCUUUGGCCCAGGCACUGAAGGAAGGUAGAAUACGAGGAGCUGCACUGGAUGUGCAUGAAGCUGAACCCUUCAUAUUCGCUCAGGGCCCACUGAAAGAUGCCCCGAACCUGAUCUGCACCCCCCACACGGCAUGGUACAGCGAGCAGGCCUCUCUCGAGAUGAGGGAAUCUGCCGCCACAGAGGUGCGCAGAGCUGUCACAGGUCGCAUCCCAGACAGUCUUAGAAACUGUGUGAACAAAGAGUUUUUAGUGGCAUCAGCUCAGUGGCCAACGAUGGAGCAGCCAAUGACAAAUGCAGAGUUGAACGGUGCUGCCUACAGAUCUGUAUGCUCGCAGCCACUGCAGGGGGAGAAGCGCUGAGUGUCAACUGCAACCUAUAUCUCGGUGGUGGCCAUUAUCUCAGCCAGCAGUCAAUGAACACCAAGGAUAUGUCCAAAUGGCAUUACCGCUUCAUAUAACAUCCCCCUCAGUGAUUCCUUCUUCAACCAGCUCUCACGUAACAGGGACCAAUAUACCGAGCAAUAGAAAACGGCUGUGACUGACAGUUUCAGGUGGCAGUUUACUGUAGCCAAGAAACACAGCUUUAAACCAGACAACCCAUCAGUUUAGGAAAUUGUUUCUAGUACUAGAGUCGGCAGCCAUGUUAUCACACCGUGCAUUGUUAUACCUCAUUAAAUACAACGCAAGGGAAGAGGAUGAUUGAGGCAAGCACAUCCAAUAUUAGCAGACUCUGCUCUCGUCUUUCCUACAGGAUGGAAAUCUCCAGCUGAUUAUACUUGAGGACUGGUUACGUCGGGUUUACAUGGGAAAACAGAAAAAGAACACUGGCAUUCAAUGGUCGUCCAACGCCAACCAGAAGGCAUAUUUAGUGUGUUUUUAUCUUGUCUGUUUGUCCUUCUGCUCCAAUGGCUCAGGAAAUCUAUUGUCUAGGUACAAAAUAAUUAUUUUCUAAAACUGGAUUCUUGUCUUUUCAUAUCUCUUUUUUUUUUAUAUCUUUCCUGAAUUUAUGUUGAUCCCCCAUCAGUUUUGAUUGGAAUAAAAGUGUAUUAUGUGCUAA